AUGAGCGGGCUCUUUGAUUCCAUUGACGAUGUCGUACGCGACUAUGCGGAGGGCAAGUUUGUGAUUGUGCUCGACGAUGAAGACCGUGAGAACGAGGGCGAUCUGCUGAUCGCUGCGAGCAAAGUGACGCCCGAGCAAAUGGCAUUCUUGAUUCGUCAUUCCAGUGGAUUUGUGUGCAUUGCCUUGACGCCGGAGCGUCUUGAAGAGCUCCAGCUGCCGCUCAUGGUGCCUGACAACCAGGAGAAGCACAAGACGGCCUAUACCAUUACCUGCGACUACCGCCACAACACCACGACAGGCAUUUCGGCGAAGGACCGCGCAUUGACAGCUCGUAUGCUCGCGGAUCCGUCGCUUGGCGCUACCGCCGCGGACUUUACGCGCCCUGGGCACAUGAAUCCGCUGCGGUAUACCCCAGGCGGCGUUCAGGUACGCCGUGGGCAUACAGAGGCGACGGUCGACCUGUGCAAGGCCGCCCAUCUCCCGCCAGGCGGUUUGCUUUGUGAGCUGGUCGACCCCGAUGACCAGCUCGGCGGCAUUGCCGCACGCGAUGCCUGCAUCAAGUUCGCCAAGACGCAUGGUCUACGCAUUACCACCAUCGAGGCGUUGCGUGCCUGGCAGACCAAAGCAGCUGCGUAA